AUGCGCCUCCCCUCCCACACGCGCCCCCCAAUAAUUUGCAUCGCCAACGGCACAUUCUACCGCUACCAACCAACUUCACAUCCUCCCAUCCAUUCCCAAACCCUCCUCGAUGCCACCGUCCACAAUCACGUCCACCCGAACCCCCCUCUCUUCAAAAACCUCAACUUCGAACUCCCCUCCUUCAGUUCAUCUCCCCACAACUGGUGCAUUAUUGGCCCCUCCCUCUCCGGCAAAACCACAUUUCUCCAGAUCCUCCGCGGCCAGCACUUAUGUUUCCCGCCCACGGCAAGGAUAUUCCCCUACCUCAGCGAGGAUGAAGUCCCAGCUCGACUGAGAACGCCGGCCAAAGCCAUUGGGUAUGUUGGUUUCGAGGGAGCGUUGAACUUGGCCCCCGAAACGGGAGGACCGAUGUACCUUAGUGCUAGGUACGAGUCGAGGAGGGAGAUUACGGAUUUUUCGUUGCGAGACUAUCUGUUGGGGAAUACGUCGCUCAACCCAGGGCCGGAGAUCCCUGGGUCGGCGCAUAUCUCUGAGGAAUUGUUCUCGCGGGUGGUGCGGGAUUUGAGGUUGGAGAAACUUCUCGAUCUGCCGGUAACCUUUCUAUCAAAUGGCCAGGGCCGGAGGGCGAGGAUUGCUCGCGCGUUGUUGACUUCACCGGAAGUUUUGCUGCUGGAUGAGCCUUUUAUGGGGCUUGAUCCCCCUACAGUAGCAGGCCUGAGCCAGUUACUGAAGGUGAUGGCGGAGAAGAGGAGUCCAAGGUUAGUGUUAAGCGGUCGUCCGCAGGAUCCGAUUCCAGAGUGGGUCACGCAUAUGGUGUAUCUGAGGACGGACGCGCAGAUUGGGGUUAUGGGUGAGCGGGAGGAGGUUUUGGGUCAAUUGAGGAGGUAUGUGAGAGAGGUUAGGAGGGGGGAGAAGAAAGAAGAGGAGGGGAUGCCGGUGAACGCGUUGAGUGAGAUGGGCAGGGUGUUGAAAGAGGGUCGUGUUGUGGGGGAAAUGAUUGGGGAGAAAGGGCCUGUUUUGGUGCAGGCAGGGAUCGAUCUCGGUCAAAUGAAGCCGGCUGGGGAGCCGCUUGUUGAGAUGGCUGGUGUGAGAGUACAAUAUCGUGGCAAAAUCGCUCUCGGAGACUGGGAGAAUGGCUCUCAGCCUGGCGGGCUGCACUGGACUAUCCGUCGCGGAGAGCGCUGGGGCGUGUUUGGGCCGAACGGCUCCGGCAAGACGACGCUCGUUUCACUCCUUACAUCCGACCAUCCUCAGACUUACUCCCUCCCCAUCAAGCUUUUUGGCAGAAGCAGACUGCCCGAGCCGGGGUCAGGCGAGCGCCCCCUGACGCUGUGGGACAUCCAGGCCAGAGUCGGGCACUCCAGCCCCGAGAUCAACGCACACAUGCCCAAGAGCCUGACCGUCAGAAAAGUCCUGGAGAGUGCCUGGGCAAACACAUUCAUGUCCAAGCCCAAGCUAGACGAGACUGCCACCGCAAAGGUAGAAGCUACUUUACGCUGGUUUGAGAGCGAACUAAACCCCGCCUACUACAAGCGUAUCGCCGCAGGCGAAACACAUGGCAGCAUCGGACAAUCUUCACUAGCCUGGUCAAGCGAAUACCUCUUCGGGGAGCUUUCCUUUUCCGCCCAACGCGUACUGCUCUUCCUCCGCGCGGUAGUCAAGCACCCCGACAUUGUAGUUCUCGACGAGGCCUUUGGGGGCAUGGAUGAAGCUGUGAGAGAUAAGUGCAUGCUGUGGCUUAUGCACGGGGAGGAGAAGAUGUAUAAGCGGACGGGGACGCAGAUCGUUGAUAGUCCCGCUGCGAAGGAGGGGAGAGUGAAUGUUAGGGGUUUGACGGACCAGCAGGCGCUGAUUUGCAUUAGCCAUGUUAAGGAGGAGGUGCCGGAUUGUGUGAGGGAGUGGCUGUGUCUACCGGAGCCGAAUACCGGGCGGCCGGCGAGGUUUGGAGUGUUGGAUGGGCCGCUACGUCGGAGUGCGAGGAGGUGGGAGGAGAUUUGGGGGAUGAGUUCGUCGUGA